ACGCCAUUCUUUUUCGUUUCCGCCAUCACUGUUUCUCCAACGUGAGGACUCCGUUGCCGCGGCAGAUAAUAAUCCCGUUUAUUUCAGAAGAACAGCAGCAAAACGACCCGCCGAUCCUGCGGAGAUGGCGUACAGGGGGCAAGGGCAGAAGGUGCAGAAGGUGAUGGUGCAGCCCAUCAAUCUUAUUUUCAGGUAUCUGCAGAAUCGCUCCCGUAUCCAGGUCUGGCUUUAUGAACAGGUCAACAUGCGGAUAGAAGGCUGCAUUAUUGGUUUUGACGAGUACAUGAACUUGGUUCUGGAUGAUGCAGAGGAAGUCCACAUGAAGACGAAGAACAGAAAGCCCCUGGGGAGGAUCAUGUUGAAGGGAGACAACAUCACACUGCUACAGAGUGUGUCAAAUUAACCGUUUGGAUUUGGUGGAAUAACGCAAUGUUGUUUGAUAUGUUUUCAUGGAUGUUUCAUUUUCUUGGAUUUCUUUGUCAGUUUUUGACCUAAACAGUGCUGAUCCUGAGUGAUGUUUUUCUACUCAAAUGAAAUUAAAGUUUCUUUACUUCUGA